AUGGAUGAGCGGUUUGGCGUAGGACAGUGGCGACCGCUGCAACGUUUCUUGAUUGUGCAGCCGGAUGGAAAGGAAAGAGUCAUUGACAAUGCACGUAAGACUCUCCACAAUAGUUCAACGGCGAUGAUGGAAACGAUUUACACAGUGCACUUGGACUUCAUCCCGGCCGUUAUCAAGCAACUGGCGCACCGGCUUCAGGUGACUAGCCCAGGGGAUUGGAGUGUCUUCCACCCCUGGGCGCAUUUCCGCCUGGGUACGGAUGAUCUGCCGGAUGCAUAUCGUGGUCUGCCCGUGUGCCCAGAACAUUUGCCAUACUCUGCUGUGGCAGUCUGGGUACCCCAGCAGGGAUGGCGCUACACUAUCUUGUGGGGACUGGCCUUUGGACUCGAAAGUGCUGUAGUCUCAUUCAACCGACUGCCUCAGCUUGGCAUUGCCGCUACCAGAAGAUGCCUCUAUGGUCUUGCAGCAGCUUAUUUUGAUGAUGAGUUGGCCGUUGAAGUGGUGGCAGCAGCCGAUAUUUCACAACAAGCCUUGCGGCUCUUGUUUACUAGUAUUGGCGCUCCGCCCCAGAAAGCCAAGGGAUUUGCGCCUUCACCAGAUCGCCACUACCUGGGAGCCGCGAUUCACUUGGGCUCCGUGAUGACAACGGGUUGUGUCCGUAUCCAGCCAAAAUUCGCGACGGUGGCCAAAGUUGCCGGUCGUCUCCGAGUGGCCAUUGCCAACCGUUGUCUUACCAAAGAGGAAGCUGGCAAGCUCCGGGGCGACAUCACUUGGAUGUUUUCUUUGGCGGCGGGUCACAUGGGCCGUAUCGCCCAACCUGUCCUGGCCAAGUGCAGCAGUGAUGGCCCGACGCCAAUGGAUGAUGAAGAUGUUGUUACCUUGCAGGUACUGCUGCGCAUUGUCCUGGACUGUCAGCCUCGCGACGUCCAGGUGUGCGGUGUGGAUAAGGUGCCUUUGGUUAUCUACUCCGAUGCCUCUUUUGAGCAAGGAGUCCUACGCCUGGGGUGGGUAGUGAUGUGUCCGGGUACCUCCUACCAACCUCAGGGGGGGACCUGUGAGGUGCCACCAGAGGUCAUAGAUAGCUGGGUGCCUCGUCGCCAGCAGAUUUACCCAGGCGAGGCCAUUGUGGCCCUGGUCAUUCCGGCUCUCUUGCCUGACCUACUACGAGGCCAGGAUCUCCUGUGGUUCGUCGACAAUGAGAGCGCGACCAGCACUUUGAUCCGCUGUGUCUCAUCUCAGUGUGAUGUCCACGAGAUAGCAGAGUUCUCGCACUAUCUGCUGAACAGUUUGGACGCCCGGGCGUGGUUUGAAUGGAUUGACUCCGAGUCUAAUCCUAGUGAUGGGCUGAGCAGAUUAGGAUUAGCAGAUGAGUGGACACAAGCCCAGGGCUGGUCCCUCACCUCUUACACUUUUCCUCCUGGCCUCAGCCGCGGAGAAUUUCUUCAGUGUGAAAGUGUUGAUACCUUUUGGGCCUUGAUGCCAAUUUUGGCUCAAGGUCAAGGUGGGGAGCUUUAUGCUCUCCUGGUAAAGAAGAUCAAAGAGGAUGAUGGGCUCGAGGAAUCUGUCUCGCAGAUCUUCUUCAGACAAAUGCUUCAAGCUGUUGGAUACCUUCAUGGUCGGCGGAUUGUCCACCGCGACGUGAAGCCAGAGAAUUUCCUGGUGUCUGGAAGUUCCGAUCGGCUUGAGGGGGUUGCCAUCCGGGAGAAGCAAAGAAUGGAGGAGGUCGGUAAGUUGGAUGGUCACGGAGUUGAGGUGGAGAACGAGAUCGAGGAGGUCGAUCGGCUUGAGAGGCUGGACUUCGAAGCCGCGGGAGGUGCCGCGAAUCAGCCGGAGAAGGCCGCGAGCAAUACGGCACUGCUGAAUCGGCUGCUGGACUCCUUGAAGCCAAAGGACACGCUGUACAUUUCGGCCAAGACCUUCUGGCUGGCAGGUGGUGUCCGUCUUCUGAAUGCCCACGACGUGACGCUGCAGUUGGAUGGGACCCUGGAGUUUCGCGAAGGCAGGAGUGGCUGGCCAGAACAGCAGGGCAACGUGUGCAACCUGAACCCACUACAGCCCAAGCGAUCCCUGAACUGUGUGCAAGAAGCCUUUUUCAUUGCCAACGUCUCCAGAUUGACCUUGACUAGUGGCAACCAGCACGGUGGGACCCUGAAUGGCAAUGGCAAAUCGUGGUGGGGAUAUAUCGAAUAUGCACUUCAUGGAGAAGAUCGACCCAGACUGCUGAGCAUCUACAAUGCGACGGAUAUCUUAGUGGAGAAAUGGCACUUCGUGAACUCGGCCUAUUGGACCUUCACGGCCUUGGACGUGGCACGGCUGGAAGUGCGCUUCUGCAGCGUCAGCGCUCGGGUGGACAAAGCUCCAGAGCAUAACCUGGGAAAUCUCGAUGCCUUCAACACCGAUGGUUUUGAUGUCUCGGGGAGAGACAUUUACAUCCACCAUAGCGAAGUGUGGAAUCAAGACGACUGCUUCACAAUCCAACCGCGAGAUAGAAGAGGCAUUAACUCUCAAUGCACUGAGAAUGUCCUCAUCGAAAAUGUCAAUGCGAGUGGCCUUGGGUUAACCAUUGGCGCUGUCUUGCCAACUCUUUUUCACAACUGCAUUCGGAACGUCACGUUCCGCAAGGCCUAUAUGUUUCAUACCUUCAAAGGAAUCUACAUGAAAUCCCAGAACUCACCAGAACCUCAGGCCAGCGGAGAAAUCUCCAACAUUUUGUACGAGGACAUUUAUAUGGAGAGGCCAACGCAGGUGGCGAUCUGGAUUGGUCCAGCGCAGGAAGCCGACUCUUAUAAGGCGUGUUCCCUCCUCUGGCCUGUGGUGCCCUUUGUGUCAUGCUCGCCGCCCAGCGUGGCUGUGCUUUGGGAAAACAUCACCCUGAGAAGGGUGCAGGUUCACAAUCCCAUACAAAGCCCUGGCGUUAUUUAUGGCAAUCCCAAGCGGCCCAUGAAAAAUAUCACCUUCGAGAACGUCGUGGUGGUGAAUCCAGGUGUUGAUUUUCGGAUAUGCGACUCAACCUGCCUACUGUGGCCCCUGGCAUGUGCAUGGUAGGGAAUGGGAGCUGGUACCUUCUUCGAAACUGAGAACAGGCAUCACUGAGAGAGAGUUCCUGACCGCAAGACCAUCCACCCUUGAACCACCAGAACCUUUCCAUGUCCUGUUCCGACUUAAGGAAGGUGUCAAUGGCUUGGCACUGAAUGGGACCACGCCACUUCCGCCAUGCUUUCAGACCAGUGCUUCUACCCUGUUGACGACCUAAGAAAUCUGGUCGCCACACCUGGUGCCGCCAAAGGCUGCAUUUGUCGCAUCAGUGCAAAA